AUGGCGGCGGCACGUAUGCAAAGGUGGGCAUUGCUUUUGUCUGCACACAACUACACUAUUGAGUACAAAAGAGCCGAACAUCACGGAAAUGCUGAUGGUCUUUCCCGUCUGCCAUUGCACGUAGAACAUAGAGAAAAGAACGAUGCUGUAGAGCUGUUCUACCUCGGACAGAUGGAAAAACUCCCUGUUAGUGCCACUGAUAUUAGAAGAGAGACUAUGAGCGACUUUAUUUUGGCUACAGUGGUCGAAAUGGUUCUACAAGGAACUCAAGCUAUCAGCCUGACAGAUAAUAAUGAACUCUCACCUUUCAUCUCCAAACGCAGUGAGCUGUCUGUUCAACAUGGAUGUUUGAUGAGGGGUAUGAGAGUUGUGGUUCCACACAAACUACAGAAAAGAGUGCUGGAAGAACUGCACACUGGACAUCCAGGAAUUGUCAGAAUGAAAGCCAUUGCUUGUAGCUAUGUGUGGUGGCCGCGUCUGGAUGCUGACAUUGAGUUGCAAGUGAAAAUGUGUCAGUCAUGCCAACAAAUACAGAAAAUGCCAUCACAAGCACCUUUCCAUCCAUGGGAAUGGCCAAGUAAACCAUGGGAGCGCAUACAUGUAGAUUUUGCUGGGCCAUGUGAGGGUCACAUGUAUCUAGUCGUGGUCGAUGCGCAUUCAAAGUGGCCUGAGGUGCAAGUCAUGACAUCAAUGACAGCAGAGAAAACCAUUGAUGUUUUGAGGAACAUGUUCAGUCAUUAUGGUCUGCCUGAAGUCAUUGUGAGUGAUAAUGGACCACAAUUUGUCUCUCAGGAGUUUGCGAGUUUCCUGAAAACCAAUCACGUGAAGCAUAUUCGUUCCGCUCCUUAUCACCCAUCAACAAAUGGGCAGGCUGAGAGGUUUGUUCAGUCACUAAAACAAGCACUGAAAGUUUCUAAGGGAUCUUCUACUCUACAAAAAAGGCUGGAAACAUUCCUGCUGACAUACCGCAACACACCACACCCAACGACAAAAGAGUCCCCUUCCUAGUUGUUUAUGGGACGCCAGUUGCGCACACGUCUUGAUGCCCUAAAACCCAGUGUGACAGCAGCAGUGCGGCUCUCCCAAGUAUCUCAAAUUCUCCGCAGAGAAGGUCGUUUGAGACCAAGACAGUUUGGAGUAGGUGAUGCUGUGCUUGCUCGUGAUUACAGGGGAAGAGAGAAAUGGACAUCAGGAGUGGUGACGGCUCAAAGUGGUCCAGUAUCCUAUACUGUGGAUGUGGGUACUUCUGAGGAAUGGAGGCGUCAAGCUGAUCAACUUUUGUCCAUUCCAAAAUAAACAGCUGAAAAGCUUUCAACAGACUUGCCUGAUAACAAGAAUGUGUCUGCCCCUGUACAGACCUCUGCAGAUGCCACUUCUUCUGCAUCACUAACAAGGGAACAAGAUGUUAACAAUGACAUAUCAGAAGAGUGUCAGACACAACAUGACAUUACACCAACACAGAUUAGACGUUAUCCAGCAAGAGUGAUUAAACCACCCAACCGUCUGACAUUAUAAGAAAACAGAAGCUGCUGAAUUAAGCUAUAAUUAGUUAUGUUAGUGAGCCUGUUCUGAUCUGGGGCAGAAUAAUCCCCGAACUGGCUCGAGGCAAGAGGCAGUCUACCCUCUACCUCUAGAGUAAAAUAGAUAAAGGUAUUAUAGUUGUGUUUUUGAAAAAUGUUUUUGAGUUGUUUCUGUUUAAGAGGGGAGGAAAUG